AAAAAACACCAACUCUCUUUCUCUCUCUCUAAAACCCCUAACACCAGCUUCCGAAACGGCGAAAACUCGCUAGAGGCUCUCAUUUCCAACCCAAAACCAGAGAGAGAGAUCGCGGUCAUCAAAACCCGGUCCUGCAACGAGUCAAGAACCGAGUUGAUCAAUCCGAUCCAAGCCGGCAGCAGACCUGACCGAUCGGAAAUCGAGGUUUCUACCGAUCGAACUCAACAUAUAAAGAUCCGAUCGCUGAAAAACGAGUCAAAGGAUCGAAUUCCAUUUCAGUAUGAUAGACAUCUUCCGUCGAAAUGCGCAGAAAUUCAGAUCUUGAAUUUCAGGAAUUUCAUUUUCUGUAAAUUUCGUUUCUUUUGAUGGGAUGCGCUGGCGGAUCUGAGAUUCGGAGCAAUGCCGUCGAGGGAAUAUGGCGGGUCUGAGGACGAGAUGUCAGCUCAUGAGUUCUUCAUGAAUGGCGUCUCCACGAAGACGACGGAGGUCGAAGUGAAGCUCGAUGAGGGGAACAUUCUCGAAGCUGAGUCUUCGCUGCGGGAGGGCCUGUCCCUCAAUUACGAGGAAGCGAGAGCUCUUCUUGGAAGGCUCGAGUAUCAGAGAGGCAACAUACAAGCCGCACUUCGAGUGUUUGAUGGAAUAGACCUUCAAGCUGCCAUACAGCGGUUCAAACCUUUUUUUGCAGAGAAGCCAACAUCUAAGAGGGGCCGAUCUCGCACCGAGUCACUACAUUCCCUUUCUCAACAUGCCGCUAGCCUUGUGCUUGAAGCAAUAUACCUAAAAUCCAUGUCUCUUCAAAAGCUUGGGAGAGCAAAAGACGCUGCUCAGGAGUGUAAAAGUGUCCUUGAUGCUGUAGAAAAGAUAUUCCCUCAAGGUAUACCAGGUGCGUUGGUGGACAAUAAGUUACAAGAAACUGUUAGCAAGGCUGUAGAACUCCUUCCAGAACUUUGGACGCAAGCUGGGUGCUAUCCGGAAGCUAUUGCUGCAUACAGGCGUGCUCUCCUUAGCCAAUGGAAUCUUGAUAACGAAUACUGUGCUAGGAUUCAGAAAGGAUUUGCUAUCCUUUUGUUGUAUGGGGGUGUAGAAGCUAGUGCACCCAGUCUAGCUGUUCAGAUUGAUGGCUCAUUUGUGCCUAAAAAUAAUCUCGAGGAAGCAAUCCUACUUUUGAUGAUACUGUUAAGAAAGUGUUACAUUGGAAAGACUGAAUGGGAUCCCACAGUAAUGGAGCAUUUUACAUUUGCACUAUCUCUCUGUGGCCAGACUUCUAUCCUGGCAAGGCAACUUGAGGAGGUCCUACCUGGAAUGUACCCUCGUUGUGGCCGGUGGAAUAGUUUGGCUCUUUGCUAUAGUGGAGCAGGACAGAAUAAAACUGCCCUGAAUUUAUUGAGGAAAUCUUUAAAGAAGCAUGAAAAACCAGAUGAUCCUCUGGCAUUAUUAUUGGCUGCCAAAAUCUGCAGUGAUGAUUGCAUUCUAGCUUCCGAGGGUGUGGCAUAUGCACGGAGGGCUAUUGCCAGUUCUCAAGGGGCAGACGAACAUCUAAAGGGUGUCGGUCUUCGAUUGUUGGGCAUUUGUUUGGGGAAACAAGCUAAAGUUGUCUCCUCGGAUGUGGAAAGGUCUCUUUUGCAAUCUGAAGCUUUGAAGUCUUUAGAUGAGGCGACUUCUUUCGAACGCUACAAUCCAGAUUUGAUUUUCGAGCUAGGCAUUGCACAUGCCGAACACCGCAAUGCAAACGCUGCAUUGCGCUAUGCGAAGGAGUUCAUUGAUGCAACUGGUGGAUCAAUACUAAAAGGGUGGAGAUUGCUAGCAUUAGUUUUGUCUGCUCAACAACGGUAUUCAGAGGCCGAAGUGGUUACUGAUGCUGCAUUGGACGAGACUGCAAAGUGGGAACAAGGGCCAUUGCUGAGAAUGAAGGCGAAGUUGAAAAUUGCUCAGUCUUUGCCCAUGGAUGCAGUGGAAACAUAUCGAUUCCUCCUUGCUCUGGUUCAAGCCCAAAGAAAAUCUUUUGGAUCUUUCAAAAGUAUUACUAAGGCUGAGGAUGACAAUGUCAGUGAAUUUGAAGUUUGGCAAGGUCUUGCAAAUUUAUACUCCAGCCUUUCACAUUGGAAGGAUGCUGAAAUUUGCUUGGAAAAGGCCAGAGCAUUGAAGCAUUAUUCUGCUGCUACAUUUCACACAGAAGGUCUCAUCUAUGAAGCACGCGGGCAGUUUCAAGAAGCAUUGGUUGCGUACACCAACGCGCUUUCAUUGGACUUGGACAAUGUGCCAUGCAAGGUCUCACUUGGCGCAUUGCUGUGGAAGAAGGGAUCAAAAUCGUUGCCUGCCGCGAGAAGCUUCCUCUCUGAUGCGUUGCGGGUCGAGCCCACCAACCGUUUGGCUUGGUACUACUUGGGCAUGGUCCACAAAGAUGAUGGGCGGAUGGCUGACGCGUCUGAUUGCUUCCAAGCAGCAUCGAUGCUUGAAGAAUCCGACCCAAUAGAAAGCUUCAGUUCGAUCCGGUGAGUGUUCUACAAAAUGAUUUGAUCAUUUUUCAAGUAAAUAGUUAAAAGUGAUUCAGUUUGAGCUGUAGUUGUACUGACUCUGCCUUUGCUGCUCAGGUGGGAUGUAGAAGUAUGUAGAUUAUUGUCACUGAGCAGAAAUUAUUUAGUUCCCAAUAUUCAGUUCCCUUUUAUUUUUAUUUCUGUAAUUGGAGUUUCAUCCUCA